ACUACUAUAACGUUACUACUUCACAUAGUUGAGCACUGAGUUUGUGAGAGGGAAUGUCAACCGUAGAAACAUUAGUUAGUGAGGCGGACGGGAACGGCGGCAUAAUGGGUGAGUUUAAGAACCUGGAGGGCUAUGUGGGCUUUGCAAACCUCCCCAACCAAGUUUACAGAAAAUCUGUGAAGAGAGGCUUCGAGUUCACGCUCAUGGUUGUGGGGGAAUCUGGGCUGGGAAAGUCGACGCUGAUCAACUCCCUCUUUCUGACAGACUUGUACUCCCCUGAAUACCCAGGUCCUUCGCAUAGAAUUAAAAAAACUGUACAGGUGGAACAGUCGAAGGUUCUGGUAAAAGAAGGAGGAGUGCAUCUUCUGCUCACCAUCGUUGACACCCCCGGCUUUGGUGAUGCCGUCGACAACAGUAACUGCUGGCAGCCGGUCAUCGACUACAUUGACAGUAAGUUUGAGGACUACCUCAACGCAGAGUCACGGGUCAACAGACGGAUGAUGCCAGACAGCAGAGUGCAGUGCUGCCUGUAUUUCAUCGCCCCGUCUGGACACGGGCUGAAGCCUCUCGAUAUUGAAUUCAUGAAAAGGUUACACGAAAAAGUCAACAUCAUCCCCCUCAUCGCCAAAGCCGACACAAUGACGCCAGAGGAGUGUCAGCUGUUCAAGAAACAGAUCAUGAAAGAAAUCCAGGAGCACAAAAUAAAAAUCUACGAGUUCCCGGAGACGGACGAUGAGGAGGAGAUGAAGAUAGUCAGGAAGAUCAAGGAUCGUUUACCCCUGGCUGUAGUGGGCAGUAACACCAUUAUCGAGGUCAAUGGAAAGCGAGUGCGCGGGAGGCAGUACCCCUGGGGUGUGGCUGAAGUGGAGAAUGGAGAGCACUGUGAUUUUACAAUCCUCCGGAACAUGCUCAUCAGGACCCAUAUGCAGGACCUGAAAGACGUCACAAACAACGUUCAUUACGAGAACUAUCGCAGCAGGAAACUGGCUGCGGUCACCUACAACGGUGUGGACAACAACAAGGCCAAAGGACAGCUAACCAAACCUGAGACGACUGAAGGCAUGAGUCCUCUUGCCCAGAUGGAGGAGGAGCGGCGGGACCAUGUGUCUAAGAUGAAAAAGAUGGAACAAGAAAUGGAACAAGUGUUUGAGAUGAAGGUUAAAGAGAAGCUCCAGAAGCUUAAAGACUCUGAGGCUGAGCUCCAGAGGCGUCACGAGCAAAUGAAAAAGAACCUGGAGGCCCAGCACAGAGAACUGGAAGACAAGCGUCGCCAACACGAGGAUGAGAAGGCUUCCUGGGAGGCCCAGCAGAGGAUUCUGGAACAGCAGAAACUAGACGCCUCCAGGACCUUGGAAAAGAACAAAAAGAAGAAGAUAUUUUAAUAUCUCCGGAGGACCUUCCCAAUGUUACAGUGUGUUAAUAUUUGCCAACCUGCCAGCCUUGAUUGUCAAAACAUCUGUCAAUCAACUACAUCCGCUGUUUGACCAUAUUACUGUGUAAUAAUCAAAAGAAAGCCAGGGGGCAGUAUUGUGUAGACUCUGAAUUUGACCAAUCCAUCUGGGAAAUACUCCACACUUCUACUUGUUCCUCUUUGAAGAACUGUUUUUAUUUCUGUUGAUUCCUAGCAAGGACACAAAAUGAUGUACACAGACAAAACACCACUGGUAUAAUGUAAUGUUAGAUACAAAGUUCAGAGUCCACUCAGUCAUCCUCUUUUCUUCUUCUUGUUUGGGAAUGUUGGAUGGUGCACUGGCAGUGCUCCAUUCUUUUAAUGCCAAAAAAACAAAGAGGUCAGUCUUUCACUUCCUGCAUGUUAGCGGACUGGGUAAGGCUGAAGCUCACCUCAGGCACUGUUUUUAUAUAAAUAUAUAUCUUUCAGUUCUCUUUUGUAGGUCUCACAUUGUAUUUCCUCCCAAGGUAUUCUACUCCUCCAUCUCCUGUAAUGUAAAUUGUAUAACCAUGAACUGCAGUGUUUAAUUUCAGUCAUGUGUGACAUUUUCUUACUUUGUGUUCAUUUUCUUCUUUUUUUUUCUUUUGUAUUGGCCCUGGUAGAGAAAUUGUGUUGAUUAUGUUGUUGAUUAUCAUAGCCCAUGUUUUCCAACCCUGAUCUUGGAAACCCUCCAUAUAUUCCUGACUUCACUCACCCUGAGUGCAACACUGUAAAGAAACUGCUUAACUGCUUUUCACAUAAUGAAUCUACACACCUUUAGUUGAACUUCUUAUCCAGAUUCUAUAUGCAACCAACCUGGAAACCAGACCAAUGUGCAAGCUCAUGUUUUAUUUGCUCUCGCAGAUGUGCCUGGCGCUCCACCGUUGGCCAAUCACAACCAUUUAUCUAAUAUGGGGUGGGAUUGAUAUGAUAACUGUACAGUGGGCUAUGUUACAUGUGUCGUUGCUCUAAUUGGUUGUGGGUCUAUCCAAUGGCGUCCGGACGCAUUUUGGUCCAAACUGAGAGGUUCUAGACUAAUUUGCAUUAACAACAGAACAGAAACAAAUCUUUCCAGGGGCAGGAUUUGAAAAGCCUGUGUGACAUGUGGGUGGAUAGCAAAGCUGGUGCUGAGAUUCUUCAGUGAAAAAGUGUUUAGACGGCUCUGUAACUGUACCAAGCUGGCUUUCUUUACAUCACAUUUAGCACUGUUUGUGUACUGCAUCUGUAUUUUAUAAUGUUUUGUUUUUACUGUAAAAAGUCACGUAAUAAAAUUGUGAUGGGGGAAAAACAGA